AAUGCCACAGCAAUAAGAAAAUCCAUCUUGUAGCAUAAGUAUCCCAGAACCAAAAAACAAAGAUGGCAACUGCUAUUCAGCCUGCUAGGAAUAAGCAAAUGAUCAGGCGUGACCGUGGAAUGUUCACAGCAUCUGAUGAUGCUGCAAUGAUGAAACAAAUUCACGCAACUCAUGCUCCUGAUGGACGUGAGCUUGAAGUCAAACCUAUUCUGCAAAUUAUUGAGGCUCUUCUGCAUCACGUCUCCCCUGGCAUUGAUGGCAUUGUUAAUGGCACACAUCAUGAAGGUGCUGAUGAACUGGAGGAAAGGACUGCACUGGUUGGCAUGGAAGGAAUUUUAGAUGGAUUGGCUUAUAUAGUUCAAAAAAUUUCCUGCGAGUUAGAAUGCAAAUGCUCUGGUGGUGGAGAUAUGCAUGCAACGACAAUGGCAAUCCUAAACAUGCUUUCGAGCUAUACCUGGGAUGCAAAGGGAGUUCUAUCAUUGGCAGCCUUUGCUGUAAACUAUGGGGAAUUCUGGCUCAUUGCAAAGCUGUUUGCCACAAAUCCACUCGCCAAGUCCAUAGCUGUUCUUAAACAGCUUCCAGACAUCAUGGAGCAUUCCAAUGUGCUGAAAUCCCGGUUUGAUGCGAUUAGUAACCUUAUCAAAGCAAUGCUGGAUGUAACUAAGUGCAUUGUUGAAUUCAAGGAACUCCCAGCUCAAUAUAUAUCAGAUGACACACCUGCAAUGGCAGUUGCUUUAGCUCAUAUCCCAGCUUCUGUUUACUGGACCAUAAGAAGCAUGGUGGCUUGUGCCUCUCUGAUAACAAGCCUACUAGGCAUGGGUUAUGAGCUCAUUGGAUCUACCACAGAGACAUGGGAACUCACAAGUUUAGCCCACAAGCUGAGCAGCAUACAUGGCCACCUUAAGACACAGCUAGCCAAUUGCUUUCAACACAUUGGUGAGAAGAGGCAUCUUGAAUACUUUCAAAUGCUGGUGCAUCUUUUCGAGGUACCACAUUUGGAAAACUUGAGGAUUCUCAAGGCAUUGAUCUAUAACAAGGAUGACCUACUACCUCUUGAAAUUGGCACUUCUAAGACAAGGGCAAAUGUUGAUGUGUUGAGAAGAAAGACUGUAUUGCUGCUCAUUUCAGAUCUAGAUCUCUCCCAAGAAGAGCUUCCCGUGCUCACACAUAUUUACACUGAAGCACGAUCAAGGCCAGAGUUCCAAUAUGAGAUUGUAUGGCUACCAAUUGUGGAAAGGUCAGUUACAUGGAAUGAAGGAUAUGAACAAAAGUUUAAGCAGCUGCAGUCAGCAAUGCCGUGGUACACACUGCAUCACCCUUCCUUGCUAGAACCAGCUGUAGCUAGGUACAUCAAGGAAGUGUGGCAUUUUGAGAAGAAGAUGAUGCUGGUUGUAUUGGAUCCACAAGCUAAAGUGACUUGUCCAAAUGCACUGCACAUGGUGUGGAUAUGGGGAAAUCAUGCUUAUCCCUUCACCCUAACGAAAGAGGAACAAUCGUGGAAGGAGGAAACUUGGAGGCUUGAGUUAUUGGUGGAUGGCAUUGACCCUGCAAUACUCGAAUGGAUUAUCCAAGACAAAUUCAUCUGUUUGUAUGGAGGGGAGGACAUCGGAUGGAUCCGAAGCUUCACAACAGCAGCACGAGAAGUUGCUAAGGCAGCAGGCAUUAGCUUGGAAAUGGUUUAUGUGGGAAAGAAUAACACCAAGGAACGUGUUCGAAAGAUCAAUUCUCAAAUAACAGAGGAAAAUCUCGGUCACUGUUGGAGUGAUCCAACGUAUGUUUGGUACUUUUGGACCAGAGUGGAAAGCAUGUUAUAUUCAAAGAUGCAAAACCGAAAGACUGCUCAAGAUGAUAAAAUAAUGCAGGAGGUAAUGACUAUCCUCAGCUUUGAUGGAAGUGAUGAAGGAUGGGCUCUAAUUAGUAGGGGCUCAGCUGAGAUGGCCAGAGCUAAGAGUGAAACAAUGUCCCAAAGCCUUGCAGAAUUCACAAAUUGGGAAGAUGAUGCAAAAGAAAAAGGUUUUGUCCCAGCACUCAAUGACUACUUGAAGCGCCUUCACACGCCACACCACUGCAAUCGCCUUAUCCUUCCAGGGACUGCUGGCGGCAUCCCAGAGCUGGUGGUCUGUUCAGAAUGUGGCCGUCAAAUGGAGAAGUACUUCAUGUAUCGUUGCUGCACUGACUGAGAGACAUCAUGCCUCAUACCUGAAUUAUCUAGUUUGUGUCAUAAGAAUUAAUCCAUAUUAUAAUAUGGUAAUUCUGGUUUGCAAUAUAGAUCUGAUAUGAUAUUCCCAUCAGGUUAUUGUAAGGUAACGGUUUGAGUGCUUUUAUGUACUGUCUAGAGCACCUGGGCUUGUAGUUGCUCUAGACUAAAACUAUAUCUCAUUAUUGGCUUUGGUAAUGUGCUAUAAAUCGCUUAAACAUUAUCAUGGA